ACAGACCCCAAAAUGCAUCGUUCCGCCACAGCUGGGAGAUGAAUUACCAGGAGGCAGCCAUCUACCUGCAGGAAGGCGAGAACAAUGACAAGUUUUUCACCCACCCGCGCAACCCCAAGGCCCUGGCGGCGUACCUGUUCGCCCACAACCACCUGUUCUACAUGAUGGAGCUGCUGACCGGCCUGCUGCUCAUGGUGCUGUCGCUGUGCGAGGCCCCCGCCGUGCCCUCGCUGCGCCUGGACGUCUACGUCCACGCCACCCUGGAGCUGCUGGCGUUGGUCAUGGUGGCGUUCGAGCUGUGCAUGAAGCUGCGCUGGUUGGGCUUCGACACGUUCAUCCGCCACAAGAGGACCAUGGUGAAGACCUGUGUCCUCAUGCUCCAGUUCGUGGAAGCCAUCGUGGUUCUGGUCCGGCAGACGUCCCACCUGCGUGUCACCAGGGCUCUCAGACCCAUCUUCCUGGUGGACUGCAGAUACUGUGGCGCUGUGCGCAGAAACCUGCGGCAGAUCUUCCAGUCGCUCCCGCCCUUCAUCGACAUCCUGCUGCUGCUGCUCUUCUUCAUGGUGAUCUUCGCCAUCCUGGGCUUCUGCCUCUUCUCUCCAAACACGUCUGACCCGUACUUCAACACGCUGGAGAACAGCAUGGUCAGUCUGUUUGUGCUUCUAACCACAGCAAACUUUCCUGACGUGAUGAUGCCCGCCUACUCCAGAAACCGCUGGUCCUGCGUCUUCUUCAUUGUCUACCUCUCCUUAGAGCUCUACUUCGUCAUGAACUUGCUGCUGGCAGUGGUGUUUGACACCUUCAACGGUGUGGAGAAGAUGAAGUUUAAAUCGCUGCUGCUCCACAAACGCUCCGCCAUCGACCACGCCUUCCAGCUGCUCGUCAGCCGACAGCGGCCGGAGGGAGUGUCUCUGAAGCAGUUUGACGGGCUGAUGCGUUUCUACCGUCCGCGCAUGUCGGCCAGAGACCGCUACCUGACCUACAAGGCCCUCAACGUCUCGGACACCCCCAUGCUCAGUCUGCAGGACUUCUACAAGUUCUACGAGGUCAUCGGACUCAAGUGGAAGGCUCGACGGAGUGGGGAACACUGGUUUGACGAUCUGCCACACACAACCUUCCUCAUUUUUAAAGGCAUCAACCUGCUGGUGAAGUCCAAGGCCUUCCAGUACACCAUGUAUGUGGUGGUGGCUACCAACGGCAUCUGGAUCCUUGUGGAGACCUACAUGUUGAACAGCGGCUUCUCCUGGUCCCGAUUCGUUCCCUGGAGUUACAUCGUCUUCCUGACCAUCUACGGGGUGGAGGUGCUGCUGAAGGUGGCCGGCCUGGGGCCUAUGGCCUACAUCAGCUCUGGGUGGAACCUGUUUGACUUCUCUGUGACGGUGUUCGCCUUCCUGGGUUUGAUUGCUCUGGCCUUCGACAUGGAGCCUUUCUACUUCAUCGUGGUGCUGCGGCCGCUGCAGCUCCUCAGGUUGUUCAAGAUCAAGCAGCGCUACCGCAACGUGCUGGACACCAUGUUCGAGCUCUUCCCGCGCAUGGCCAGCCUGGGCCUCACCCUCAUCAUCUUCUACUACUCCUUCGCCAUCGUGGGCAUGGAGUGCUUCGCGGGCGCCAUCCACCCCAACUGCUGCAACACCAGCACGGUGGCCGACUCCUACCGGCAGAUCAACGUAACCAUCGGCAACAGGACGGUGUUGGUUGAGGGCUACUACCACCUGAACAACUUCAACAACAUCCUCAGCAGCUUCGUCACCCUGUUUGAGCUGAUGGUCGUCAACAACUGGUACAUCACCAUGGAGGGGGUGACCUCCAUGACGUCCCACUGGAGCCGGCUGUACUUCAUGACCUUCUACAUCGUCACCAUGGUGGUGAUGACCAUAAUCGUGGCGUUCAUCCUGGACGCCUUCGUGUUCCGCAUGAACUACAGCCGCAAGAACCGGGAGCCGGAGAACCCUGAAGAGGAGAACGGCAUCGUGUUUGAGGUGGAGGUGAGCCGGGACGAGGCCCUGGCCACGCUGGAGCUCUACAAGCAGACGUGUCCCGGCCUGUCGUCUCUCAGCUCCCUGCAGGGGGUGCUGCAGGCCAUGGACCGCGGCGGGCACACGUCCCUGGUGUACCAGGGCAGGCGGUCCCGGACCAAGAGCGACCUGAGCAUCAAGAUGUACGAGGAGGAGAUCCAGGGGUGGUACGCCGAGUUCUCCAGGGAGAACCUGUCCGAGGCUGACCAGGGCCUGGAGCGCGUCCUGGACAGCCCUGCGUCGGACCCCCCCCCGCACCACGACGCCCCCCAGCCCGAGGCCUCGGCACACAGCACGCCCCCCGCCGGUGAUAGGCCACCGCAACCCGUCACUCCAAAGUAGGGUCCCGUGCCCCCGCCUCCCAGAGGCCACUCCUGGGACCCCCCCACUGAUCCCCCAACGACGGACCCCUGGACCCGUCACCAGAGACUCACGGCCCGGCCCUGAACCCCACCCUUGGACCUGUCUGUGCCCCAGCGCCCCUACGGGGGGGGGGGCCCCGGGGUGUACGCCCGUCGCCUGGUUACCGUACACCCCUCCUGCCCGUUGCCUUAGCGAUGUCAUAGCCCCUGAUCCGUGUUAAUCCCUGACCUGUCGGUUUAAGGGGAACCCUCUAAGUUAAGGGAGGACUGCUCUGCAUAAGAGUCAACCUGGGUUCCUCGUGAAAACCCUGGGAGAGUCGGGACCGGUUUGAAGAACCCCGGAGCUCACGGUCCAACUCUGGUUCCUCCUGGAGCUCACGGCCCAACUCUGGUUCCUCCUGGAGCUCACGGUCCAACUCUGGUCCCUCCUGGAGCUCACGGUCCAACUCUGGUCCCUCCUGGAGCUCACGGUCCAACCCUGGUCCCUCCUGGAGCUCACGGUCCAACCCUGGUCCCUCCUGGAGCUCACGGUCCAACCCUGGUCCCUCCUGGAGCUCACGGUCCAACUCUGGUCCCUCCUGGAGCUCACGGUCCAACCCUGGUCCCUCCUGGAGCUCACGGUCCAACCCUGGUCCCUCCUGGAGCUCACGGUCCAACCCUGGUCCCUCCUGGAGCUCACGGUCCAACCCUGGUCCCUCCUGGAGCUCACGGUCCAACCCUGGUCCCUCCUGGAGCUCACGGUCCAACCCUGGUCCCUCCUGGAGCUCACGGUCCAACCCUGGUCCCUCCUGGAGCUCACGGUCCAACCCUGGUCCCUCCUGGAGCUCACGGCCCAACUCUGGUCCCUCCUGGAGCUCACGGCCCAACUCUGGUUCCUCCUGGAGCUCACGGUCCAACCCUGGUCCCUCCUGGAGCUCACGGUCCAACUCUGGUCCCUCCUGGACCACAUCCCUCCCAGGCUGGUGGUUGAUGUCAUGUGCAGCAGUCCUCCCUCUCUGUCUGGUUUCCCUGUGAUGCUCGGACUCCUUCUCACCUUUGUACAUUAUCACAGAUUUUAAGCUGGUGCCUCAUCCUAGAUCUCUGAACACUAAAGAGACUAUUUUACUUUUGUAUAAACCUGUUCUUCUGUAUGUGUAUUAGAAUGUAUUUGACCGACUGAAUACAGCAGAACGAUUUUAAUAAACUG